AUGAGCAAAGAGGAGGCUGCGGCCUGCGGGGCUGCAGACCUGAGCAGACCCCCCAGAACUCCUGCUGUGGCUGCAGGCACAGAGAAAGAUGGGAAUGGAGAGAGCCUCGUGGCCCCGAGGAGGUCUCCACCCCCGGGGAGCCCCGAGCCCGGGAAGCCCCAGUGUGCGCAUCCUGAUGGGGGGCAGGGAGCUGAGGGUCAACAGUCUGCGGGCUCCCCUGAAUAUCCUCUUAUCAUAAGAAGCAAAAAACUGGUCCUUCACAUGGACAUAAACAACACCAUCCUAGUGUCUGACAGCGCCACUGGCCAGGGUCCUGUGGCUGCCCUCAACUCCUACCUGAGCACUGUGUGUUGGGGGCGGUUCAACCAGGAGGGUGAAUGGCAGUGGCUGAGUGAGUUCCCUUCAUUGCUGCCCCCUAGUCCUGAUGCCAGCAGCUUCUCCUCGAAUUUUGGCCGGCAUACCAAGUUUACAUCAAGUACCCAAGGACACCCCUUCCAGACACUCUUCUUCCACUACCUGCAGCUGUUGGAGUGGCCUGGCCAGCCCGAUGCAGUUUUCUCUGUCCCAGGGGAGAAUGGCCGUCAUUACCACCGUAUACUGCCAGCCUUUUUCAAACUACUGGCUGGUCUUUGUCAGCAAGGCCGCCGCUUUGCUGUCAUUUUCCGCACCUUUGGCAAAGACUUGACCUCACUACUUCAGACCACACACAGUGCCCUUCAAGGCCAGCACCCACAAUUCUCAGCCCUGAAAGAAGUGGUGCUCCCUGUGGACCUGCGACCCGGAAAGAUCCGCUGCAGUCCAAAAAAGGUGACAGUCAGUCGAGGAAAAGAAUUUGUGUCCAGUUGGCCAGAUGCAAGAGUGGUGUAUGAUUACUUCAGUGCCAUGGACGGCCUGGGGGGCUUUCAGGAUCACUAUACUUGGUGGUCCACGAACAAUUUCUCCAGUCAGGGCGGUAAGCCAUUGUGGGUGGAUCCCUAUGACCCUGAGGUCCAGCACAUCUGCUUUGAUGAUAAUAUUCGACUGCAGGAUGGAGAGAGCAUCAUCCACCCCCAGGUGUUUAUGGGCCAGGGAGGACAAGAAUACUGCACAGUCCCUACCUCUGAACUCUACGGCAUCUGCCUAGUGCAAAAUGAUCUCCUUCAAGCCAUUGCCAACCCUGACUACUUCUUGAUGACUGUGAGCCAGUGUGAAGAACAGUAUGAGAAAUACUUGUCACAGACCCGGGCAGACGGUGGCUGUUGAGAAAUCUGCUCUGCUGAGGAAUGGACUUCCAGACUCCUUCAACAGACAGCCCUCCUGGACUUCCUGGCAAGUUGCCUGCUCCAUUUUAAUCAAGAUAGGGAAGGGGCAGAGGGUAGAAAGGGCCAUUAGGUCUGGCCCUCGUCAUUUCUGUUGUGGUUCUUGGCUUGGGCCAAGGGGGGAGUUGUAGGUUGGGGAUUGAUUUCCCCCUUCGCUUCCAGGACCUUGGCAUGUGAACCUUUGGCUUGGGUAAGGGGUUCUGGCUCUGUUAUGGCCUCUAUUACACAGACUGGUGCCCAUCUGAUUGGAAUCUAAACAUUAAAAUCCAGCUCCAGUACGGAGCCAAACACUGCUCUCUUUUUCUCACUGGCUAGAUGGAGUAGACCCAUGGUUGGUAUGGUUCUGAGAGGAGGUCUUGGGAUAAGGUUAACUCCGGCUCAGCCAACACCAGAAGUAGAAGGAAAAUGGGUCACCCAGGUGUCCACAAUGGGUCUAAGCUCAUGAAACAACUCUUGAAAACCAUCUGCUAUGAGGUGUAGAAGAAUUUGGAUCCCCAUGAAUAGAAGGAGUGCCAACCUCCAUGAUUUCAUGGAUUGUUGAAGGUGUUUUUUUCUUUUUAAUAUAAAAUUUCAUAAUUUCAACAAAUAGGA